UUGGAGCUCAGGAAUUUUUUUUUCUUAUAUCUUUAUAACCUUGAUAGAUUGUCCUGCAGGAAAAAUAAAAUUUCACGUUUCUUCUUGAAAUAAAGUUGUUUAUCACCUGAAAUUUUUCUUCUUGUUUAUUGUGGUAUGGGUAAACAUAUAUCUCGACUUGCAAAGAGGUUUUUUCCCCAGUGUAAAAUUAGAAUUCUGAUGGUGGGUCUUGAUGCUUCUGGGAAGACGACCAUUCUAUACAAGCUGAAGCUCGGAGAAAUUGUUGCAACUGUACCAACAGUCGGUUUUAAUGUAGAGACGGUUGAGUACAAAAACAUAAGCUUCUCUGUCUGGGAUGUCGGAGGUCAAAGUCAGAUUCGGCCAUUAUGGAGACAUUACUUUCAGAACACUCAAGGACUUAUCUUUGUAGUGGAUAGCAAAGAUAGAGAAAGAAUCUCAGAAGCCCGCAACGAGCUACAUCGGAUUCUGGGUGAUAAUGAGCUAAGCAGGGCAACUGUGCUCGUCUUAGCCAACAAGCAAGAUUUUCAGGAUGCCAUGCCUGCUUCUGAGGUUGCUGAUAAACUUGGGCUUCACUCUCUCGGCCAACGUCGCUGGUAUAUCCAGAGUACUUCUGCAACCUCCGGCCAAGGACUUUAUGAGGGACUUGAUUGGCUAUCCAACAAUAUCACAGUGAAGGAUGCAUAACAGCUCAUUCCAAGUUUCUCUAAAAAUAAUAAAGGGGUUUGACUAGGAUAGCUUCAAAAUCUACCACUUAAAAGGCCAUCCGCUAGUAUCUCAGUGAAGGCAAAUUAAUAGUUUAUUCCUAAUUUCUCUAACAAAGAAGGGGAUUGAUUAGGAUGGCUUCAAAUUCUAGCUCUUAAAUAAGGCCAUCAUGUACCACUUAAAGGUCAUCCAACAAUCUCUGCGAAGGCAAAAUAAUAAGCUCAUUCCUGGUUUCUCUAACAAAAAGGAAGGGCAUAAGGAUAGCUGUAAAUUCUACUAAUAAAAUAAGGCCUUCAUGUAUGAUGAAUCCAUGCUAAAUAUCACAGUUGAUAAACUCUGAAAAUCUCGCACAAAUGAAAGUUCCAAUGGCACUUGCCUAUCCCUAUGCUGAUCAGCCAUUAGCCAAGCUUGUAAAACAGAAUUUUUUUCUUAAGCAGCCCUUUGUGCCUACAAUUUAGUUGA